UAAAGUCAGGAGAGCCGGCGGGGGUCCGUUAUAGCACAGAGCACACAGCAGGCGAGGACGUUGUUUUUACGUUAUUUUUACGUUGAAAAGAGAUUUAAAAAUACUAAAUAAACGGACAAAAAACACAGUCUGACACAGACACUUGAGCAGGACUGAAGGACAAGGACUGAGCACUGAGACAGUGAAGCAAAAGCAGACAGAUUGGAUCUGGGAAAAACGAGACUUUGAAGGAAAAGCAAAAGAGGCUCUUUAUCUGUAGAAGAGAAGAGAGGUGGCAGCUGGGUGAGCUGUUACUGUUGCACAGAGAGGACAGAUCGUACACAGGAGCACACGUUGGUGACAGAAGAGGAAAGAGGAGAGACAGAUCGGAUUUGAAGGAGAGGAGACGCUGUUUGUGUGUGUGUGUGUGUGUGUGUGUGUGUGUGUGUGUGUGGCUCUCUGAGGGAUUUAUCCUGCUGACCCGCGUGUGGACCGUGUGUCCACUGCAGAGCUGAGGAGCUCAUCCCACCGGUGGUCAUCCGCCGCGCCGAGGACUCGGACUCGGACUCUGCAGACUCUUGAUUGGCCAGCGCGGCGCUGAGCUCCACGAGGAGGCCCAAUCAGGAUGAAGUACAGCAGCUACAGCAGCUACAGCUUCCCCGGGCCCCAGUACUCCAGCACACGCUACAGCAGCAGCAGCAGCAGCAGCUACACGCCCUCGUCCCACUACACGCCCUCGUCUCACUACACCCCCUCCACCCUCUACACGCCCUCCGCCCACCUCACCUCCUCCCUCUACUCCCCCUCCAGCUACUCCUCCACCGCCUCCAAGUACCUGCCGUCCAGCUACACCUCCUCCUCCUCCUCCUCCUCCUCCUCCUCCUCCUUCUCCUCCUCGUACACCCCGUCCCACUACACCCCGGUGGCGCACAAGUCACUGUCCUCCUACACGUCCCUGUCGUCCUCCUACGUCAAGCCCCCGCGCUACUCCUCCUCCUCCACCAGCAGGCAGACCUCUGCCAAGGGCACCGAGACCAGGCCGCCCUCCACCCGACGAGCCUCCGCCAAGACCUGCAUCAAGGGCACUGCCACCCCCACCGCCGACCCCGACGCCAAUGCCACCACCGCCACCGCCGCUCCUGCCGCUACCGCCGCCGAGCCUGAGGCCGAGGCCGACAGCGCCGCCCCGGAGGUGGCGGUGAAACCUGCGCGGAACGUGCGCUUCCCCAACGACAUCAUCUUCCAGGACCUGGUGCGCCACGCCGACCUGGAGCAGAUCGGACGCUUCAUGAGGGCCCGCAAGGUCCGGCUGGAAAAGCUCUUCCUGUCCGGCAUGGCAGCGCUCCAUGAGGCGGUGCUCUCUGGUAACCUGGAGUGUGUGAAGCUGCUGGUCCACUACGGAGCCGACGUCCACCAGCGAGACGAGGACGGCUGGACACCACUGCACAUGGCCUGCAGCGACAGCUUCCCCGAGAUCGCCAAGUACCUGAUAUCCAAGGGUGCCUGCGUACGGGCCGCCAACGCUAACGGAGACCGGCCUGCGGACCUCAUCGACCCCGAGUGCCAAGAGCUGGUGGAGAUGUUCAAGGUGGGCUGUGUCUGAGGACCAUCCCUCCGCCUCCGGCCAUUCAUCCUUUAGCUCUCGCUCUUCUUUGGGAUGGACUGGGCUGGAACCUGAGAAGGACACAGCCUGAGAGAGAUGGACACAGCCUGAGAAGGACACAGCCUGAGAGAGAUGGACACAACCUGGGAGAGAUGGACACAGCCUGAGAAGGACACAGCCUGAGAGAGAUGGACACAGCCUGAGAAGGACACAGCCUGAGAGAGAUGGACACAACCUGAGAAGGACACAGCCUGAGAGAGAAGGACACAGCCUGAGAGAGAUGGACACAGCCUGAGAAGGACACAGCCUGAGAGAGAUGGACACAACCUGAGAGAGAUGGACACAGCCUGAGAAGGACACAGCCUGAGAGAGAUGGACACAGCCUGAGAGAGAAGGACACAGCCUGAGAGAGAUGGACACAGCCUGAGAAGGACACAGCCUGAGAGAGAUGGACACAGCCUGAGAGAGAUGGACACAGCCUGAGAAGGACACAGCCUGAGAGAGAAGGACACAGCCUGAGAGAGAAGGACACAACCUGAGAAGGACACAGCCUGAGAGAGAAGGACACAACCUGAGAAGGACACAGCCUGAGAGAGAUGGACACAGCCUGUGAAGGAAACAGCAUGAAAAGGACUCAGAGAAAGACAUAGUCUGAGAAGAUGUCAGAAUCUCUGAUGAGGUGUCUGUCUGAGAUGUUGAUGUUGACAAAACGAAACAAACACACAAAAACAGAUUACACAGACACCUCCCACUCCAUGGCAGGCCUUGUCCUUGUGUGAUCCAGCUUUUAUUUUCACUUCCUGCCUGUUUCUUGAUGUGUGUGUGUGUGUGUGUGUGUGUGUGUGUGUGUGUGUGUGUGUGUGUGUGUGUGUGUGUGUGUGUAUGUGCGUGUGUGUGUUUGUGUGUGUGUGUGUGUGUGUGUGUGUGUGUGUGUGUGUGUGUGUGUGUGUGUGUGUGUGUGCGUGUGUGCGUGUGUGUGUGUGUGUGUGUGUGUGUGUGUGUGUGUGUCUGAGUGUGUGUGUGUGUGUGUGUGUGUGUGUGUGUGUGUGUGUGUGUGUGUGUG